CCCGGAUUGCCUGCAUUCGCACGGAUGAAUACUAGGUAGGCGAGGGGAGUCGAAUUGUUUGAUAUUAUCUGCUUCUGCUUACUUUGUGAUUUUGGGGAGUGCUAUUCUGCUCUCCUCCCUCCUCCGCCCCUGUUACGGCCGUUCGCUCCCCGAAAUCGUACACUAUGGCGUCAUUUCUGGAUAAUGCGUACAGUUUGGUCCACCUGGACAACACUGCAGAUCAGCCUUCCAUCCAGGAGCUGAAAGUGCAGUUGGAGAAAGGCACCGAUGAGACCAAAAUGGACACAAUGCGCAGGAUCAUCACGAUCAUGCUCAAUGGAGAUCCUAUGCCUCAACUAUUGAUGCACAUUAUCCGUUUUGUUAUGCCGUCAAAGAGCAAGUCUCUCAAGAAAUUGCUGUACUUCUAUUAUGAAAUCUGUCCUAAGCUUGAUUCCAAUGGCAAGCUUAAGCAGGAGAUGAUUCUGGUGUGCAAUGGCAUUCGAAAUGAUCUUCAGCACGCCAACGAAUACGUUCGAGGCAAUACCCUUCGAUUUCUAUGCAAGCUCCGAGAACCUGAGCUCAUCGAACCUCUCCUCUCAUCUGCCCGCUCAUGCUUGGAUCACCGACACGCUUAUGUGAGGAAGAGUGCAGUAUGGGCUGUCGCGUCUAUCUUCCAGCACUCCGAAUCCCUCAUUCCAGAUGCGCCAGAACUCAUACAAGCUUUCCUCGACACGGAGACCGAUGGCACAUGCAAACGCAAUGCAUUUGCGGCGCUCAUGUCUAUUAGCCACCAGAAGGCUCUAGAGUAUCUAGCGUCUACAUUUGACAGCGUUCCCAAUACAGAUGAGUUGCUUCAGCUCGUGGAGUUGGAGUUCAUUAGGAAGGAUGCAGUGCAAAACGCCCAGAACAAGGCGCGAUACUUGCGUUUGAUCUUUGAUCUCUUGGAUGCGUCAACAAGUACUGUGAUUUACGAAGCCGCCACAUCCCUCACUGCACUUACCAGCAAUCCCGUUGCCGUGAAAGCCGCCGCUGGGAAAUUGAUCGAGCUGAGUAUCAGGGAGGCCGAUAACAAUGUUAAGCUCAUCGUUCUCGACAGAGUCGACCAGCUCCGAAUCCGUAACGAGGGUGUUUUGGACGACCUUACGAUGGAGAUCUUACGCGUCCUCUCUAGCCCUGACAUCGAUGUUCGCCGGAAGGCCCUCAGCAUCGCCCUGGAGAUGGUUUCAAGUAAGAACGUAGAGGAGAUUGUUAUGCUGUUGAAGAAAGAGCUUGCCAAAACCGUCGAUGAGCAGUAUGAGAAGAACAGCGAGUACCGUCAACUCCUAAUCCAAUCGAUUCACAACUGCGCUAUCAAAUUCUCGGAAAUCGCCGCUAGCGUUGUUGACCUUCUGAUGGACUUUAUUGGCGACUUUAACAACAAUUCUGCAGUUGAUGUGAUCUCUUUUGUCAAGGAAGUCGUCGAGAAAUUCCCCAAGCUGCGGGCCGCUAUUGUGGAUCGCCUUGUUUCGACUUUGAGCGAAGUCCGGGCAGGAAAGGUGUACCGUGGUGUUUUGUGGGUUGUUGGUGAAUAUUCGUUGGAGGAGAAGGACAUCCGGGAGGCGUGGAAGAAGAUUCGGGCCAGUCUUGGGGAGAUCCCUAUUCUCGCUUCGGAGCAGCGACUCCUCGACGAAGUGCCAGAAGAUAGUGUGCUCAAGGAACAAGUCAACGGCCAUGCCAAGUCCGCAGCUCCUACAGGGUCCAGAAAGGUUUUGGCUGAUGGCACAUACGCAACUGAAAGUGCUCUCACCAGCCAGUCUGCGGCUGCUGCCCGUCUUCAAGCCGUUAAGGCGGCUCAGAAGCCUCCUCUUCGCCAGUUGAUUCUCGACGGCGAUUACUACCUGGCAACUGUUCUGUCAUCCACAUUGACCAAGCUGGUAAUGCGUCAUUCGGAAGUCUCUCAGGAUGUCGCUCGAACCAACGCCCUGCGUGCGGAAGCCAUGCUGAUCAUGAUCUCCAUUAUCCGUGUUGGUCAAUCUCCGUUUGUUACAGCGCCCAUUGACGAAGAUUCCGUGGAUCGUGUCAUGACAUGUGUCCGCUCUCUUGCUGAAUUUUCUCAGAGGAAAGAGCUGGAGACCACCUUCCUUGAGGACACACGGAAGGCAUUCCGUGCUAUGGUUCAAGUCGAGGACAAGAAGCGCGCCGCCAAGGAAGCUGUCGAAAAGGCCAAGAGUGCAGUCCAGAUCGACGAUGCAAUUCCCAUCCGCCAGUUCACCAAGAAGAGCGCUGUGGAAGGUGCCGAGGAGAUUGAGUUGGAUCUGGUAAAGGCUACAGGAGCCGAUUCCACCAUCGAGACCGUGUCUUCGAAGCUGAGCCGUGUCGUACAACUUACCGGGUUCUCGGAUCCGGUCUACGCCGAGGCCUAUGUCACAGUUCACCAGUUCGAUAUCGUUUUGGAUGUGCUCUUAGUAAACCAGACCCUGGAAACUCUACAAAACCUGUCUGUUGAGUUCGCAACCCUCGGAGAUCUGAAAGUUGUGGAGCGCCCAACAACGCACAACCUUGGUCCUCGGGACUUCUUGAAUGUGCAGGCUACAGUCAAGGUAUCUUCGACAGACACAGGUGUCAUUUUCGGUAACAUUGUGUACGAUGGUGCUAGCUCGACUGAAUCCCAUGUGGUGAUACUCAAUGACAUCCACGCCGACAUUAUGGAUUACAUUCAGCCCGCUCACUGUACCGAGACCCAGUUCCGGACGAUGUGGACCGAAUUCGAAUGGGAGAACAAGGUCAACAUUAACUCCAAGGCAAAGAGUCUCCGUGAAUUCCUCAAGCAACUCAUGGAAAGCACCAACAUGGCGUGCCUGACCCCCGACGCAUCGCUCACUGGGGAUUGCCGAUUCCUCAGUGCUAAUCUAUAUGCUCGCAGUGUAUUUGGCGAGGACGCUCUGGCGAAUCUGAGUAUUGAAAAGGAAGGAGAAGAUGGACCGAUCACCGGCUUCGUGCGGAUAAGAAGCCGUUCCCAAGGCCUAGCUUUGAGCCUGGGAUCGCUGAAGGGCCUCAAAGCCUCCACUGCUGCAUGAAUAGAAUACUAAGCUUCGUUUGACCGGGCAUUUGAAUAGUGAUUAUUCCCCUUAUUAUUUAUUACAUUAUCGUAUUAACAUACUUGCCUGUUCCUCUCUUCUUGUGCGACGAACCCCCCCCUUUGAUGGAUGAAUCUGUUUGACCAUAUGCUUCUUUUACUGUGUUUUACCGGAUGAGAAAAGAGAUUCCUUUCAAUGAAAUUACCUUGCAUUUCCUGUGCUUCUCCAGGGAUGGACAGACGAUGGUGGCGCUGCUAGUGGAGCAGGUUUUCUGUCGAAUUUAGACUAUCCCCAACUAGGGAGAAUAGUGGCCACCUGACAAGUGCUAA